AUGGCAUACUUUCCCCAAAAUCAUAAAUAUUCGGUUGCUUCAGCUUACCCUCUGAGUUCCCUGCACCUCCGAACAGCAGGUAGUUCGAAUGACACCCAGUAUCAGGACACUGGUUCAAAUGAAAUGGCAAGCUACAUUUCAAAAUGCAUAAAAUUUGCAGGUGGCUACAGCGGUGGCUUGCCGAUCUUCUCCACCUUGUACGCGUCCUCGGAGUGCGCCUUCGGCGUCAACCUCUCCCCGAUGUGCGACCCGUCGGAGGUGUCCUACACCAUCAUGCCCUUCAUGGCAUACUUCGAGUUCCUCCCCGUCGACGGCGAGGCGCGUGGCGACGCGAGCCAGCUCGUGGAGCUCGCCCACGUGGAGGCCGGGCGCGAGUACGAGCUGGUGAUCACCACCUACACGGGGCUGAACCGGUACCGCGUCGGCGACGUGCUCCGCGUGACGGGGUUCCACAACGCGGCGCCGCGGUUCCGGUUCGUGCGCCGCAAGGGCGUGUUGCUGUCCGUGGAAGCCGACAAGACCGACGAGGCCGACCUGCAGCGCGCGGUGGAGCGCGCGGCCGCGCUGCUCCGCCGGCAUGGCGGCGCGAUCGUGGUGGACUCCACCAGCCGGGCCUGCACCAAGAGCUUCCCGGGACACUACGUCAUCUACUGGGAGCUGCUAAAGGCCAAGGGAGCCCAGAGCGGCGGCGGCGCUGGUGUGGACGGCGACGUGCUGGAUCGGUGCUGCCUGGAGAUGGAGGAGGCGCUGAACUGGUUGUACCGGGAGGGCCGGGUCGCGCUUGGCUCGAUCGGGCCGCUGGAGAUCCGGGUCGUCCGGUCGGGCACCUUCCAGGAGCUCGCGGACUUGGCCGUCUCCCGUGGCGCGUCCGCCGGGCAGUACAAGGGCCCCCGGUGCGUGACGGCGCCGCAAAUCAUGGAGCUGCUCGACUCGCGCGUCGUCUCCAGCCACUUGAGCCCGGCAUUGCCGGACUGGGCACCAGAAAUGCUAAGCUUCUCUCCAAAGGAGAAGGAAGUUGGCAAAGCCCAAGCGCGUGCAGCUACGCUUCCGUUCAUGUGA